CUUGCAUUGGAUGGAUGGUUUGUUAUUCCAUCGGCUUUCGUUGUAGAAGCAUCUACAAUAUAAUAAUAAUCUGCAUGCGAUCCACGACCAACUCACUGUUCUCCAUCAUCACCAACGAUCUGGAGAAACCAAAGGUGUCAACAACUGUACUGGUGGAGUAAUAAUCGAUAAGAUGAGUAAUUCAACAAUGGCAGAGUUAUUAGUGCACGUGUGGAAUGUGUGGGAAAUUCAGACAAUGGUGCUCCUUAGCUUCAUGCUACAGCUCUUUCUGUUGGCUACUGGAAGCCUCCGUCGCCGCCACACCACAGCAGUGCUCAGGGCUUUGAUAUGGUUGGGCUAUGUGGGAGCAGACUUGGUGGCUGUUUACGCCCUUGGCCUCUUCUCUCAGUAUGAGGACAAAUACAAGCUAGGGAGGGAGUCGUUUGGGGACAUACUGCCAUUUCUCUGGGUGCCUUUUCUCCUUGUGCACCUGGGUGGCCAAGAUUCGAUCACUGCCUUUUCUAUCGAGGACAACAAUCUAUGGCUGAGGCACUUGUUGAAUCUAGCAACCCAGGGGUUUGUAGCUUUGUAUAUCUUCUGGAAAUCCUUCCACAGAAUCAAUGCCAGUGUAUUGAUUCCUGCAAUGUUUGUGUUUGUUUCUGGGAUCAUCAAGUAUGGCGAGAGGGUCUGGGCACUAAUGAGUGCGAGCCGAAAUGGCCUUGGCAAGUCAGUUAAGUUCAGCUCAUCAGCAGAACUGUAUCGUCGUAGCAAGGAAUCAUAUGCUCGUCAGACGGUGCUUCUUGCUCGAGGUUUAUUUGUGGGGCGAACUGUGCUCCAGGUUGGGGACGAUGCUGAAGAACAACUUGAAUACGAUUUUAACGAGAUUUGUGAAGACAGAGGAGAGAAGCUGAAGAUGGUAGUGAUGGAGCUUGGCAUGAUGUUCGAUCUCCUCUACACCAAGGCUAAUGUGCUGCAGAGAUGGACCGGUGUCGUGUUCCGGUGUGCUUCCCAGACUUUGAUGGUGGUUGCCUUCCUUUCCUUCCUGAUAAGCUUAAAGGGUGCCCACAAGCACAACAGUGUGAAUGUCGCGAUUACCUACACAUUGUUCACUGGGGCCAUGUUUAUGGAAGCCUGUUCUAUUGCUGUGGUGAUGGCAUCACCUUGGACAAGAGCACACUUGAACGAAUACAGUAGCUUUCUUCAUUGCCUUUGCAACAUUGCUACGUCCCUUUUCAAGGCUGUUCAGUGUAACAAGGGGCACCAGACCAUGAGUUGCAUUUCCAUGGGGCAGUUCAAUUAUAUGGAUUACUGCAUCGCUAUGAAAUACAAACCCAGACUAAUUUCAAUGGCCAUCAGUGCUAUUGGUCUGGACAAGCAAUGGAGAAACUUAUGGUACGUCCACCACAUCGUCGAUGAUGCCAGCUUUAGAUCAGGGGAGGAGGGGAUUAUCAGCGGUGUUAUGGAAAUUCUUGGCAGACCAAACAAUGACUGGUUUGGACAGAGGUGUCUUGGCAGGAGAUUGAAUUAUACACUGAGCCUGCCCUUUGAGCAUGCCCUUUAUCGUCUGCAUAUAUACACAGACUUCCAUAUAAACAAAUACUUUGCCCAGUACACUCCUGCACCAGAUGAUGUAACUAUGCGGCUUAAGGAACAAUGCGAGACGCUAUCAAACUACAUGAUGUACCUGAUGGUGGUGCAUCCUUCCAUGUUGCCAGUCAGCACGGCUGCAGAAGAUCUUGAACCUGAACUUCUCAAAUGGGUAAUUAGGAACAAUAAUCAACACUCCCAACAGGCGGCAACCAAGCUAGACUUUCUUGGCCAUUACACAAGCUCAGUUCUCAGCAACGAGCCAGACUCUGUCUCCCCCUUCGAAGCAGAGCCAUGCGGGCCACUUCAUCUGGAGCAAUCACUUAUGGAGAUGAAGGAGAUGUGGUUGAGGCUGCUGGUGUAUGCUGCUGGUAAAUGCCGUGGAGAGCAACAUGCACGGCAGCUUAGCGAAGGAGGCGAGCUCAUCACCUUUGUCUGGUUACUCAUGGUGCACCAUGGUCUUGGGGACGUGGCACGGCAGGAGCUUAGUCUUUUAACAUCUAAUGAUCCUUGUGUACCCCAGCCUGGGUCCACAGUGUCAGUUGAAAAUAGUAGCUGGAGACUACGGCAAGAACACCCAUGUUACGCCUUCCAAUUCUUCCCUGCUGGUGGUCAGCAACAGGAAGAGACUGCAGUGGUAUCGCGCGAGAAAGAACAGAUGAUACAGCUCGCCCGAAUGGUGCAGGACAUUGUGCCACAAGUGUUGAGAGCUGGACAGUCUGUGGCUGCAGAUACACAGUUCAUUGGUUAUCUCAUCCAGCAAUUGCUGUCAGCCCUAACACAGCACGAUGGGGCUACGGCUACGGCGGCACCAGAUGGGGCAUCAGAGCAAGAUGAAGCCGGGACAUCCGGCGAGGCAGCAGGACAAGAUGACGACGCGGUGACAACGUCUGAGAUCCACGAGCAAGAACCUGUGAUGAAUGCAGUGGAAAACGAAGGCUCGCGACACGCGUGUAGCGCUAGUUUCUCUUACUCAGCUCAUGGAUUUCAUAAUGCAUAACCGGUAAGCAUUGCGCUGCGCAGCCGGCGCUGCUGGUGAUUCAAUGAUAUAUUUAUUGUUAUUGUUACCACGCAUCCAAUUCGUAGUUCACCGAUCGUGUUUGCUGUCAUCCGCAAUAUGUAGU